GUGCAGAAAGUGGGCGUAUAAGCAAGUAGUUAAAAUUUAUAAUAACCUUCAUGCCUUUGAAACUAUAUUGCUGAAGAUUUUUAACUAACUACUCACCGAUAAUGUCCUCAAAGCUUCUCCUAGUGCUGCUGUGUUGCGUGUGCGUGUCUAUGGGAGCUCCUGUUACCUGGACGGAGCUCUCUACAACAUCCACCCCACCUCCUGCUCGAUGGAAUGCUGGGCUCGCCAUUGUCAAUGGAGUUGGUUAUCUGUUUGGGGGAGAAGGAACUCCAGCAAGUGGACUAUUAGAGGAUAUGUGGAUGUUUACUGUUACUGGUAGCACUGUUGUUUGGACUGACAUGUCUGGCUCAGGACCAUCGGCACGCUACGGGUUUGUGAACGGUGUUGUUGACGGUUACUGGAUCAUUUCCCACGGUUGCAACAACGAGAUGUGCUUCUCUGAUGCGUGGGCUUUCAACACUGCCACCAACACUUGGAGCCUAUUGGUCAAUUCCACUACCCAGACGGCCCCCCGAGGGCGUUUCACGUCUGCCGGGGGCGUGUACCCUGGGGGCCGUGACCUCUGGCUGAGCAUGGGACAGAAUAUAGCCAGUGUGAGUAGGAAGUUCUCUGAUACCUGGGUCUUGCGUGUCAACACCUCUGGAGCACAGCUGACUGCUGAGUGGGAGGAGGUGUCUUCAGGGGGUGGUCUGGACCAGUACAACCCGUUCCUCCCCCACGCCCGCUCCCUCCACGCUGGUGCACCACUAUCACCUGACACUUUUGCCAUUGUCGGAGGAUGUGCCGCUGGUGGACAGGUGGGCGGUCCUUGUCCCAUGGAGGAUUCGUGGACUAUUAGUCUCUCAGAGAGAGUGUGGCGGGAGUACCCUCACUGUCCCUCAGGCAGAACCAGGGCCGUGCUGACACCAGUACCUGGUUUUGAAGGCAAUGGCUACCUAUUGGGUGGCAGUGAGUCCUGGGGUCCGGGUGUCUUCUCUCCACAGCUCACACCCAAAGAAGUGAACGCCAGUGAAGUGGUUCUCAUGACAACCAACGCCACUACCUUCAACUGGCUGAGACUUAAGAGUGACGGUGGCAAUUUUCCUGAGAAUUUAGAUAGUCCCAGCGUGGCCGUGGAUGCUACCAGCGGAGUGGUGUAUUAUUUUGGGGGGAGGAGGCUUGAAGAUGGUGCCUUCCAGCAUAGGAUGUGGACGUUGGGAGGAGAUGGACUUGACCAACCAGAUCUUGGCUGCUCUCAACCACAAUACACUUAUGUGCAUCUCCAUGGUACCCUCAUGUAUCUAGCCUGGGGCCUCUUCUUCCCUCUAGGCGUCUUGUUAGCACGCUACUAUCGCUGGACCUGGCCUUGCUGGUUUGUGUUCCACGUCAUUAUGCAGUGUUUGGGAGUGCUUGUGACGGUGGCUGGGUUCGUGGUCAUCUUCUUGGUGGGCAGUUACAAUGAGCCGGCCUUCCCUCACGCCAUUGUCGGCAUUGUACUCACCACUCUCAUGAUACAACAGUUCCUAUCGGGAAUAUUCCAUCCGUGUGUGGACAAGGAGGAUGGUAAGACCCCCCCUAAAGAAAAAUCUACGUAUCGCAAGUGUUGGGAACUUUAUCAUGCCAUCUCAGGAUUCCUCACCGUAGCGAUAGGACUGGGACAGGUGACUCUGGGGGUCUUCUUAAUCAAAGCCCCCUUGACCGUGUGGGCUGUGUGGGUGGGUAUGGGGAGCGCCUGGCUGAUCGCGUUUGUUGUGCACGAGUGUGUCUACGUAUGUUGCAAGAUAGCUCACAGAGGGCAGAAAAUUUAUUAGAACAAUAACUCUCCCCAUCUACACACAUUAUACUAGCAUUGUUUUUAUCUCAGUACCACCUUUGUUUGUAGCUGUUACAUCUAUACUCUGUUAUUACGUAUAAUUAUGCUAUUAAUAGUUACGUACACGUGUUGUUGUUUUUGUGCUAUUAAUUAUACCAAGGGCGUAUUUUCUCUUUGUACGUCCUUCAUUGUGCUGUAUACAUUAUGCAUGUCUG